AUUAACGCAACACUGCAACGCCAACGCAACGGUGGCGGAGGAGGAGGCGGGCAUGUAUUAGCUACCGCCCACACCACCACCACGACAGCGGCGGCGCCGCAGCAGCCGCGUACAACAACGCAAUUACCGAGUGCUAGAGCAACAACAACAGUCACUACCGCUGCAGCCAGUGCAGUGUACGCAGCAGCAACAGCAGACACAUGUGUUGUCAAACAGCAAGGACUGCAACAACAACAACAACAACAACAAACACAGCCACAAACACAACAACAGCAACAUCAAUAUCACACACAACGCCAUUUAGCGUUAUUGGUGCGCAGUAGCAGCAGAUUUGCUGCUGCCGCUGCCACAGUCGCCGCCGCCAUUUUUGCUGCUGCCAGCGUAGCGUGCGCUGGCAUUUUGGCGGGCGCCACACCCACGCCCACACCCGCCAACGCCGCUGCCGCCACUGCCUCAGCUACAACCGUUUCAUCCUCAACGGCCAAAUCGACCUCCUCGCAUGACAGUACAAAUGCUCGUGUCGCUGUGAGUGUGGCAACUGCGGCCAAUACAAUAAGUAGCAGCAACAGCGGCGGCGUCGCAAACGCAAUUUCAACGCAGCAGUGUUUAGUUGCUGCUGCUGCUGUUGAAUUCUAUACAAUACAGCGGACAGGCAUAUCGCGUAACGCAACUACUUGCUCUACGUACACAUCCGCGUCAUGUGACAAAUCGAACGGUAGUCGAACUCGUAGUAGAAAAAAGUGUCGUGUACGCGAUCGUGAUCGCGGGCGUGUUCUUUGGCGUUCGGCGUACGCCAGUAGUGUUGAUAGCGUUCGUGAUAGCUGUGCGAGUGAGCGUGUUAAUGAGUUGAGUGUUGCUGGUGGCAACGAGGUGAACGUUGAGCGGCGAACGGAGCGUUACGAGCGCAAAAUUGGCGCAAGGCUGCGAUUUGUAGGCGAUGCAACGUUUAGCGGAAGAAGUGGGUGGACCUGGCCUAAGAUGGGGAGCGUGCUAUUCACAGCUGUGUUCAUAGCGUUACAUUUUGCCACCGGCGGCCUGGCCAACCCAGAUGCAAAACGUUUAUACGACGAUCUUUUAAGCAAUUACAAUCGUUUAAUCAGGCCAGUGGGCAAUAAUUCCGAUCGUUUAACGGUCAAAAUGGGUCUACGGCUAUCGCAGUUGAUAGAUGUGAAUUUGAAAAAUCAAAUCAUGACGACGAACGUGUGGGUGGAGCAGGAAUGGAAUGACUACAAAUUAAAAUGGAAUCCUGAUGAUUAUGGCGGUGUGGAUACAUUGCACGUGCCAUCCGAACACAUUUGGCUGCCGGAUAUUGUGCUGUAUAAUAACGCUGACGGCAAUUACGAAGUGACAAUAAUGACAAAAGCAAUUUUACAUCACACCGGCAAAGUGGUGUGGAAGCCGCCCGCCAUUUACAAAUCGUUUUGCGAAAUCGAUGUCGAAUAUUUUCCAUUCGAUGAGCAGACGUGUUUCAUGAAAUUCGGCUCAUGGACAUACGAUGGUUAUAUGGUGGAUCUACGGCAUUUGAAGCAAACAGCAGAUUCGGACAACAUCGAAGUGGGCAUCGAUCUGCAGGACUACUAUAUCUCUGUAGAGUGGGAUAUAAUGCGUGUGCCGGCCGUGCGUAAUGAGAAAUUCUAUAGUUGUUGUGAAGAGCCCUAUUUGGAUAUCGUUUUCAAUCUGACGUUGCGUCGCAAAACACUCUUCUACACUGUCAAUCUAAUCAUACCAUGUGUGGGUAUCUCAUUCCUAUCGGUGUUGGUCUUCUAUCUGCCCAGCGAUUCCGGCGAGAAGAUCUCACUUUGUAUCAGCAUUUUGCUAUCGUUGACUGUGUUUUUUCUCCUGCUCGCCGAAAUUAUACCGCCAACAUCGCUGACGGUGCCGUUACUGGGCAAAUAUUUGCUCUUCACUAUGAUGUUGGUGACGCUGUCGGUUGUGGUCACCAUUGCGGUGCUUAAUGUUAACUUUAGAUCACCUGUGACGCAUAAAAUGGCGCCAUGGGUACAACGUUUAUUUAUACAAAUUUUACCCAAACUCCUUUGCAUCGAACGACCGAAAAAAGACGAAGCCAACGAGGACGAUCAACCGCCCGAAGUGCUAACCGAUGUGUUCCAUUUGCCACCGGAUGUGGAUAAAUUCGUGAAUUACGAUUCGAAGCGAUUUAGCGGCGAUUAUGGUAUACCAGCACUUCCUGCCUCACAUCGUUUCGACUUGGCUGCAGCGGGCGGCAUAGCGCCCUGUUUUGGUGAUCCGCCCCUACCCUCAGCACUGCCACUGCCCGGCGCCGAUGAUGACCUCUUCAGUCCAUCGGGCAAUGGGGAUAUCAGUCCCGGCUGUUGUCAUGCCGACCUGAGUCCGACCUUCGACAAGCCGUACAUGCGCGAAAUGGAGAAGACAAUCGAGGGUUCGCGAUUUAUAGCGCAACAUGUGAAAAACAAGGAUAAAUUUGAGAGCGUGGAAGAAGAUUGGAAAUAUGUUGCCAUGGUAUUGGAUCGUCUAUUCCUGUGGAUCUUCGCGAUUGCAUGUGUGGUCGGCACAGCGCUGAUUAUCCUGCAAGCGCCAAGUUUGUACGAUCAAUCACAACCGAUCGAUAUUUUAUAUUCCAAAAUCGCUAAGAAGAAGUUCGAACUGCUAAAAAUGGGCAGUGAGAAUAGCUUAUAG